AUGGGUGAACAGUACGUCACGAGGGAUCUUAGAGAACUCAUGGCCGGAAAACGGGGUUUUCCGGCCCCCUCACCAGCUUCAGAACCCUACCGUAAUCUGCUACCACCACCACCGCAACUCUAUAACUCUAUCAUGCUGGGUUGUCAUAGUGGUGGGUUAGCUGAAUUUGGACCUAACACCAACAUGACUGUAAGUACUAAUACUUCAGCUUCUGUUGAUAUAUGUGCUGACUCAGGCAUGGAGGGUGGCUGCAAUAGUUUAAACGACGGUGGACGAAGUCGAUGGCCGAGACAAGAGACUCUAACGCUUCUGGAAAUCAGAUCUCGUCUUGAUCAUCACUUCAAAGAAGCUAAUCAGAAAGGACCUUUAUGGGAUGAAGUCUCGAGAUUAAUGAUGGAGGAAUAUGGGUACCAAAGAAGUGGGAGGAAAUGCAGAGAGAAAUUUGAGAACUUGUACAAGUAUUAUAAGAAGACAAAGGAAGGUAAAUCUGGAAGACAAGAUGGGAAGAAUUAUCGGUUCUUUCGUCAGCUUGAAGCCCUUUAUGGAGAAACAAGCCAUGAAGCUUCAACUGACUUCAUAAUUAGUCAAGCAACCCAUGAACCAUUGGAAGACGAGAAGCUCUGUGAGAGCCUUAAGGCCCUUAACCCAUCCAACUCCAACCCUUCUGAAUUUGAAACUUCAUCGUCAGAAAACAACGGCUGUGAUCUUUCGGCAAUUGCAUGUAUGAUGAAAGAGAAGAAGAAAUGCAAUGAGGACCAUAGUUUUGGUAGGGUUAGAAAGAGCUGGAAAGCAGACAUGGAGGAUUUUGUCGGCUCACGUAUGAGGAAGCUAAUGGAAACACAAGAGGCUUGGAUGGAGAAGAUGUUGAAGACCAUCGAACAUAGAGAACAAGAGAGGACUAUUAGAGAGGAGGAAUGGAGGAAACAAGAGACAGCUAGGUUUGAUCAUGAAUAUCAAUUAUGGGUGAAUGAGAGAUCACGGUUUGAAGAAGCUCGGAACUUCAUGUUAAUGGAGGCUUUGCAAAAAUUGGCUGGAGAAAAAUCAGAAAUGGCACUGUCUAAGGAGCUAAAGGCCAAAGAGAACUCGGAAGACAAAGUGAAUGGAAUGCCGAUUUGCGUUACCUCAAGUAAGGCAUGGCUUGAAACCGAGAUCUCGAGUUUAAUUCAGUUGAGAACUAGCAUGGAACCUAAAUUUAACGAAUUUGGGCAUUCAGAAGACCGCCUUUGGGAGCAAAUAGCUUCAAAAAUGGCUAGAAUGGGCUAUGAUUGGAGUGCAGCUAGGUGUAAAGAGACAUGGGACAAUAUCAGCAUAAUUUCGAACAAGAUGACAAGGAAGAGCAAGAAGAAGUGUGAGGACGAGAAUUCAAGAAAUUUUCAGCAUCUUUAUUCUUAUUCUUGCCAAGAGUUUGUCACGAAUUGCAAAGAGCAUGAAACCUUAGGACUUCAAUUGAAUGACUAUGGCAGGUCAACUAUUAACUCUAACAUGGGCAACGUAGAGGAUGACAACUUUUUUCACAUCUUGAUGGAUGGAGGAGGAAACUUGUUGGGAAACUAUGGUGGAAAGUUUAAUAAAGUUUAA